AGACUGGAGCAUGGCACUUGAGGUCUCAGCAUGCUUCUCUCCACCAUGACUCCGCUUUUCACAUCCUAAUAAUAAGGGACACUGGGACACUUGAGUUUUAUGGUGCAGGUAUGACAAUCAGAAGACAAUACAGAGAUGUCCUUACAGAUUUUAAAGGACAACUGUUGUGUUCAAAGCAGGCUUUGUCCAAAACGUCCAGACAUCUUCAGUGUUUCGCUAAUGCUGCUCACAUUUCCUCUUCUGACCUGCUGUUUGGAAAUUAGCAUAACAAGUAGCAAUCUCAAGUUGAUGCUGUGCUUAUUUGUACCCUGUUAAUAUCUAACAGAUGUCUAACAAAUUAUAAGCAGCACAGUAUACUUCACAUGUACAAGAUAACAUGACCACCUGCUCAUCAUCAAAUACACUGCAAAUCUAUAUUUCCCACAAGUGAGACCUAAAAUCUUUAGUUUCCUAAAAGAUAAAGAUGGUGAUAUUCCAAUUUUCAACAAAUCCCACUGAAAGACGAAAACAAACAAUGAACAAAUCCCAUUAACAAGUAUUGCCUGUAUGGACAAAGCCCCCUAUCUUUGGUCUGUCUUAGUCCUUUGUGCCACAGAGCUCCAUUGUUACCCAUAAAUUAUGGAAACACACCAGUGAGCCACACGGUUGCACUGGGUGGCAUGUUCCUUAAAUACCACAAACAUACACCUUGUAGUUUAUUUUUGCCUCAGUCCCAGAAACCCUAGUAGAUAAAUACUUCCUACAGCAUGUGUAACUAACCCACAGCUGAAAAUAGUACCCAACAAACGCAGUAACUACUUGAGUUGGAGUAAUGUCUGAUAAAUAUAACAGUGCCCUGCUGCUGUAGCAGAUGUCUUAGCCAUUUCUGUUAAGUGACACUAUGUAUGUAAUGUUUGCUGUAGAGCCACUGUGGCUACAAGUGUGAGAUAAUGGGAAAUACUAAAAUAUAGUGUAACAGUUGUAUUAGUAGAGAAGACUUUGUUGUUUGUUGCUUGUGAAUUCAGCAAAUGUUAUAUAUUCUCACUGUAAGAUGUGCUCUUUUUCUAAAGGUGUGUCCUCUGUAGGAAUGAAUGGGCUUGGAAUGCGUUGUUGGUUUUGGUCUGUUCAUGGGAUUUGUUAACAAUAAGAAAAACAACACCAGCCUUUUCCCAGGUGGGGAAUAAAAUCUGUUUCUAAUGCAACUUGCUUUAAGAACUUUCUGAAAUCAAGUGACUUUUCAGGACAUGUGCUGUGAACUGCACUUGCAACUGGUGCAAUUACAAAACCACACUGACCGACUUUAUUUCUGUUUUUAUGAAAAAUAAGCGUUCAAAUAUUUAAUAUGAGACCAAAUGGACUAAUAGGAGAGUGACACAAACCGAAGCACUUUUUGAAGCUUUUAAAUUAAAUUUAUUGUUCAUGAAAUGUCCUCUGCGUUCUAGCUGUGUUCCUGUUAUCUCAUACACUCAUCCUUACUCAUACAAUAAAUACAGAAGAUCAGAGGUUAAGUGACUAAAGUCCAAGUAUCUAUUAUACUUGGACUUCAGUUAGCUUUGACUCUACAUGUACAUGGUCACACCUAUAUGUAGGAGUGUGUAUACCCAUGAGUCUGUGUGUGUGCACCUCUACAUGGCAAUGAUGACCUCCCAUGGCACUGAGACACAAUGAUUAAAAAUCCAUCCGUCCUGAUGUGAGUUCUGAGCCUGUUAGAGAUAUGCAUAUUGGCCAUCUUUCCUCAACGGCCUUGUGAAAAUGUCUUUUCAGUCACUUUGAAUCUACAGUACGCAAGUUUGUUGUAGAAACCAGCUGCAGGGAAUUAACAAGACAGAAGACGCCAACAGAUAGUGCAUGGAUAAGUGAAAUUAGGACUCAAUGUGACCGGUGUGGUUCUGCGUUGCGUUGGUAUGAAUGAUGACGUGACACCAGGAUCUCUUUGGACUUCAAUUGCCGUUUAUUUUGACACUGACAAUCUGAUGAUCAUAAAUGAUAAAUAUAGACCUACAUGUAAAUGAGGUAACCGCUCCAACUACUACGGGAGUUAGCUUAAGCUAAUAGCACUCGACUGUUAAACCUAAGUUCACAACUGCUCAUUUUACAAAAUGUUCAUAUUAGCAGGUAGAGAUAAACAUGUUAAUAAAAGUGGGAGACCAAAAACUACACACAAAAUAAUAGAAACACUAGGAUGCAUAAGCUGAGUCACCAAAAUGUUUAAGUCUGGAUCUAGGUACCUCUAAAAGCAAUUGGUUGGAAUACCUAAGAGAUCUACCAGGUGUGUGACACCCACCUCUCCCGCAGGACACGUGUACAAAAUGGGAGAGGUGGAGGAGGUACCCUGUACCACAGAAGAAGAGAUCCCAGACGAGGGACUUUGAGCUUGAACUUCCUCAGCAAAAACAAAAGACAGGUCCCAUCAGGUAUAUGAUAUAUUUACAACUUAAAGGUAGAUUUUGUGAUUAGAUUAUAACAGGUUAUAUAUGACACAAUCCAUUCAGUUUGUUUAGACCCACAUAGACAAAUCCAUCAGGCUUUUCACAUUGUCUCACAAAGAUUCACAUGCACACAUACCUGGCCUGAGAAUCCAACCCUCACCCCCCCCUUAACACACUAAAACCCUACCCUGGUUUCCAGUACCAGUCUCCUCCAUCCCCUACUGUUUGUCAAGAGAGUAAACAAUUAACCAAACCCAUAAACUCUGUAUCCACCUCACCCUGAGUCUCAAACAUCACCUGAACACUGCAGCAGCCUUUUCCUUUGCUUGAUCUUUUGGAGAAAAUGAAUUAAAUGAGCAAGAAUUAAAGGAUUACUCUGAAAAGAUGCCACAAGUAAUUCUAAGAACUGAUUUGUCCUGGUGGCCUUUUUUAGCAGACGAACCCUCAUUCCACUGAAUUUCAAUCACAUGAUGUAAAAGCAUUCUCAGUGUAGGUGAAUGCCUUCUUAGAACUGCGUGUGAGUGAUCGGCACUGUUUUCUGAGAGGCUGCAGCUGAAGAUUGUUUUCCACAUUUCUUUUUUUCCCCCUGCUUCAGAUUGUCUACACAGUCUUUGAUGAAAGAACAGAUUGGAAAGUUGGAAGUCAUGGCUGAAUUCCAGUGCACAAAUAUGGGCUACACGUUUGCUUCAGGCGUCAAUAAAGUUCAAGCCAUAGAAACAUAAGUGUUUUUGUUUGUCUUUUUUUUUAUUGCUACUAGGACCUCCAUAGCCCACCUUCUUGACUCUUAAAAACACCAGUUGUGUUAUCGGUGCAACUUGCAUCUGGGAUCUCUAUAUUAUUUCUUGCUCGCUAACAAUAACAGAACGUAGUCAAGUAUCAGUGGCAGGUUAAUCACCCCACUAGCAGGGCAGAGAGAAAGGAGGGCGUGCUUUCAUAUUGUCAGUACCAUUGAAUCAUUGCUGCUGGAUGCUUUUGACUGGUUGAAAAAGAUAAGCAAAGAGAUGUUUACAGAAUGUUUGUCCAGCCACUUCACCCCACAAUUUAUGCUCUGGCCUGCGACUCAGCGCAGACCCUGUCAAGAUUGAUGGUGUUGUUUUGCAGGCGGAGGUAACUGGAGGUUAUGCUCACAUCUGUUCUCUGUAACUCAGUCACUUGGUCAGAUAAAAAGACAAGCUCGACACAUACUUCAACAGAUUGAAGACAUUCAUUUCUCUUUUAUUCAGCCCUGUUUUCUUUCUUCAUCUAAGGUUCCUGCUUCUUAGCUACAGCUUUGUUUGAAUUAGGCCUCCUCUCCACAAAGUAAACUUGCUUCAUUCUUUCCUGGUCAUAAACAGGGUAAUUACAAAGCACUCAGACCUGGAUACACACACACACACGCUCAGCUCACACACUGCUGGGAGGAGCAAACAGGGGAAAAAAGGAAAAGCUACUGGCAUGAUAAUAUAGGACUUGUUGGCCGGGGUUACUGUAGGGCAACGGCCGUAACUCCUCUCCCUGUGUGUGAGAAAGGAAGAGAGGGAGAGGCAGAGAAUGACAGAGCGAGACAAGGAUCAUGUGGCCGGAGUGUGCCGUGCCCACCGCUCAACACUGAAAGGGAGCGGCACCCAAUACAGGGGGUGGAUACUGCAGCUUCCAAACCACUGGACCCACCAGCUCUGUCUAUUUUUAUUUUCCUACACUGACCGACAAGUGCUCCAACGUGGAGUCCACUGGGGCCGGUUGUGGAAACUGCUUCCAUCCAGGCGCCAAAAAAAAAGGAUCUGGCGCCAUGAAUAUGGAGGACUGUACGAUGUCAGACUGGGAGGCUAUGCUGGAGCUAGAUGAGGAAUUGGCAGGGUGGCUUCUGCAGGGUCCAGCUAAAGGGCAGUGGGGUUGGGAGUGGGGCUGGGCUGCCUCAAACCCUCAAGACUCUGAGUGGGACACUGAAGAGAUCCCCGCUGUGCUGAGCCCGACAUACAAGCAGCGCAAUGAGGACUUCAGGAAACUCUUCAAGCAGCUCCCUGACACAGAGAGACUCAUUGUGGACUACUCCUGCGCGCUUCAACGGGACAUCCUCCUUCAAGGACGACUCUACCUCUCUGAGAACUGGAUCUGUUUCUAUAGCAACAUCUUCCGCUGGGAAACACUGCUGACAGUGCGGCUAAUAAAAGACAUCUGCUCAAUGAAGAAAGAAAAAACCGCCCGCCUCAUUCCCAAUGCCAUCCAGGUCUGCACAGACACUGAAAAGCACUUUUUCACUUCAUUUGGAGCAAGAGACAGGACAUACAUGAUGAUGUUCAGAUUGUGGCAGAAUGCGCUGCUGGACAAGCCCCUGUGCCCCAAAGAACUGUGGCACUUUGUUCAUCAGUGCUAUGGCAACGAGCUCGGCCUAACCAGUGACGAUGAGGACUAUGUACCCCCUGAUGAUGACUUCAACACCAUGGGGUUCAGUGAAGAGAUUCCCAAUGAAGAGAAUGAGAUCAACAAUGACAACUUGUCUAAGAGCACUGCCGAGGCCAAGUCUGAAGGGAGCCCUCCUCUGUUACAUAAGAAAGUCAUACCCAACAACACCAUCCCCACCUCAGGCAACCAUGACACACCUAUUACAUUUGACCUCCCUGCAGAGGAGUUUGCAGACUGUCUACCAGACAGCCAGCUGCUUGCUGUGCCACUGGUGGUGGAAGAGAAGAACAGUGAUACCAGCGGGCCUGGUGGUCCUGUGCCCUCACCCUCACUUGACUUGAAUGACAAUGAGGACAUCCCCACUGAGCUCAGUGACUCCUCAGAAACCCAUGACGAAGGUGAAGUACAGGCCUUCCAUGAGGAUCUGAAUGGCAGGCAGCACAUCAACGAGGUCUACAAGUUCAGUGUAGACAAACUCUAUGACAUCCUUUUUACAGAGUCGCAGUUCAUGAGUGACUUCAUGGAACAGAGGCGAUUCACAGAUGUGGUCUACCGCCCAUGGAAGAAGGAGGAGGCUGGGAACCAGACCAGAGAAAUCAUGUAUACGAUCUCUCUGUCCAACCCCCUGGCCCCCAAAACUGCCACAGUCACCGAGACACAGACUCUGUACAAAGCCAGUCAGGAGAGUGAGUGUUACAUAAUCGACGCGGAAGUCAUCACACAUGACGUGCCCUAUCAUGAUUACUUCUACACUCUCAACCGCUACAUGCUCACCAGGGUGGCCAAAAACCAGUGUCGGUUACGGGUAUCCACAGAGCUACGCUACAGGAAGCAGCCGUGGGGGCUGGUGAAAGGCUUCAUAGAGAAAAACUUCUGGAGUGGGCUGGAAGAGAACUUCCGCCUUCUUGAAACUUUACAUUUGAAUUACACAGAACUAGAGCUUCAGGUGGCAAUGAACAGGCUGAUCAAGGACUGUUGUGUUAUGUUUUUCACCGAGACCUGGCUUGAUUCAUCUAUACCGGAUGCGGCUAUCGAGCUAGUAGGCCACACUGUACAUCGUCAUGACAGGAAUGGGGACUCUGAGCUGGAAUUAUCCAAACUGGAGGAGAUACUGAAUGAAUCCCACCGGCUGUCUCCAAAGACAAAGGUGGUGAAAAAUGCCACUGUGAGGCGGAAGAAGAGGCCACUCCCCCACAUGCGCAGCCAGCAUCUGGAUGAGGCCCUCAGCCCUGUUACCACGCCGACAGAUGAGGAAGUGAUUCAGAGGAUCAAACAAGUGGCAGGCUCCACACAAACCAGAUUCCAGAGUUCAGAAAUCCAUUAUCUGCCCGGAGGCCUUGCUCUGUACAGCGUCUCCAAACUGCUGCUCAUCAUCAGCUUUGUGAUCUGUCUAAGCCUGGUCCUGCUAGUGUUCCUCAACAUGAUACUCUUCUACAAGCUGUGGAUGCUGGAGUACUCUACACAGUCCUUAACAACCUGGCAAGGUCUGCGGCUUCAUGAAAGUAAACUGCCUGAGACACAGAUGGAGUGGGCCCAGCUCCUGGAGGCGCAGCAGCGUUACCAUGACGCCGAGCUGCAGAAGUGGAAGGAGAUUAUCAAGUCAUCAGUAGUGCUGCUAGACCAGAUGAAAGAUUCUUUAUUGAACCUCCAGCGAGGCAUUGGUUUAAGGGACUACACCCCAGAGACUGAGGAAAAGAGAAGUCGCUAUCAUUGACACAACAGGGCAAGGCCAUGAGGGCAUGCUGUGCAAUAUAGGACCCAUUUUAUUUGUGAACCAGUAUGCACUGCAACAGCAAGACAUAGAGAGAGGACAGAGGGGAAGGCCGGGCCAACAGCAAGCUGGUCCAGCAGAGAGAAAGAGAGGAACAGUCAUCUCCAGCGCACAAGGAGGAAAUCAUGGACAGAAAGUGCCCCUAUCACACACACACAGGAACUGAGGUAUCCCCAACAUCACUGAGGCAUUGCAGGGAGGUGCGAGACUUGGUGCACCUCCACUACAACUAUAGGAGAACUGUUUCCUUCUAUUCUCUUUCUCUCCAAACGCAUCCUACUGUAAGCCAUGUUGAACAGGGGAGUGGCAGAGAGAAAGAAGGAAAACUACUGCAUGCAUUAAGACAACCUAGCUCCCCUCAGUCAGUGUUAAUGUGGUUCAGUUCCAGUCUAUGUGUGUCAAUAACAACAAAAAAUAGAAAAAGAGGAGAGAAGGAGUCAAAGGAGGGGGGGAGGGUCUUUCCGAGACUUAAUGGCUUUCUAUACUCUCUUGACUGUUCCAUACCAAUCAUCCCCUUGAGGUCCUCGCUGCAGUGUCCCUUUAAAAAGCCUCCAGGUGAUCAGAGAAGCAGUAUCAUCCCACAACCAAAAAGGAGAAGAAGUAGUGUAGUUGGAAGCUCCUUGCCUUGUUUGACCCGGGAGUAUACAAUUACUGUCAGGGCUGGUUCCCUGUCGUACCAUUGUGUUGAACUAUUUACAGGUAGGGUCUAAAGAAUGAAAACACCUAAGCCAGUAUUUUUAACCUUACAUGCAAGUAAAUGAUUGGUAGCCCCUGCCACACUGACAGCUACCUUACAUUGCAUCGUUCCCCUUCCUUCUAAUGAAGUAGAAUGUAUUAGCCUGACAAAAAGGCUGGACUUUGAUCACAAAUUAUUAAUCUUUGAAAAAAGGGAUGCUGCAGCCAGACCAGUACAGAGAUCUGUGUUCUUACAUGUUUUAUUACUAAACUGUGACUAUAACUCUUUAAAAAUGUUUC